AUUGUUAGAAAAUAAUUCAUCUUCCACCAUCAUGCAAGUUAUGGGUUGACCUAGACUUGAGUGAUCUUUGAUAAUUGGUCAACAAGUCUUUUUCUUCCAUUUCCAUCAUCACCAUCUUUUGCUCUUUCCUUGAAAUUGGAGUAUCAGAUUCCCACUCUACUUAGUUUUUUUUUUUUAAUCUCAGUUCUCAAGCUACACCACUCCAGGUGCCUUUCACACCAACCACACAGCAAAACCUGCCAGUUUUGAAUUCUCAAGAGGCUGCUUUGUAAUUUGGUUUUUGCUCAAAGACCAUGUUUUUCACAAAAUUAUGCUCACUUGAACUCUGGGUUGUGCUUAGUUUCUCCAAAUAUUUCACAUGAAACAGUUUCUUGAUUAGAGGUUUGUGGCUCUUCUGUUGUCUUUGGCCUUUGAAGCAUCAAGAAUGAAGAAGGUUCUUUUGGCUGUUUUGGUUCUGGGGUUGCUUACUGUGACUGUCAAGUGUGAGAGGCCUGCUGUUGUGAAUGUUGGGGCUGUUUUCACCUUCAAUUCAGUCACAGGGAGGGCAGCAAAGACAGCCAUGGAGAUUGCUGUCUCUGAUGUCAAUGGUGAUCCUACUAUUCUGAAUGGGACAAAGCUGAACUUGAUCAAGGUGGAUGCAAAUUCCAGUGCUUUUAUGGGGUCCAUUGGAGCGUUUCAGGUUAUCGAUAAGCAAGCGGUGGCAAUUAUAGGUCCAGAGUCCUCAGCAAUAGUUCAUAUGAUUUCUUUCAUAUCUACUGGUCUUGAAGUGCCUCUCAUCUCGUUUUCUGCUAGCGAUCCGAGUCUGUCUGCAUCUCAGUUCCCCUUUUUUGUUCGGAUGACACAGAGCGAUUCUGUUCAGAUGAAAGCUUUGGCUGACUUGAUUCGCUACUAUGAAUGGAAAGAAGUGAUAGCCAUAUUUGUGGAUGAUGAAUAUGGGAGAAAUGGGAUAUCUUAUUUAAGUGAUGAACUUUCCAAGGGAAUGUCAAAGAUUCACUUUAAGUUCCCGUUAUCUGUGAACUUUGAUUUGGAUGAGGUAACGAGGGUACUAAAUAGGUCGAAAUUCUUAGGCCCUCAGGUUUUUGUUGUGCACAUGUAUACCGAUGCAAAGUUGAGGUUCUUUGAGGUAGCACAGAAGCAGAAUAUGAUGAGUAGCAACUAUGUGUGGUUUGUGACACAUUGGCUUUCUUCGAGUUUGGAGUCUUCAUCCCCGGGAAACCAAUCUUCUCUUCGAGUUCUUGAAGGCGUUGUGGGGCUUCGUCCUUAUAUUCCAAUGUCGGUCCAGAAAACUGCUUUUGUUUCUCGCUGGAAACAAAUGCAGCAGAAGAAUUUUGUGCAUUCCGAGUUAACUACACAGGCAAUGUAUGCGUAUGAUACUGUUUGGGCAGUUGCUCUAGCAAUUGAUAAGCUUCUUCACGAGGGAAACAAUCUUACGUUUUCGUUCAACAAUAACUUGCAUGACAUGGGAAGGACUAAUACACAGAUUGACAGGUUUAAAGUCUUUGAGGGAGGAGAAAAUCUUCUCAAGUUUUUAACACAAAUAAACUUCCCGGGCUUGACAGGACAGGUUCAUUUUGAUGCAUUGCAGAACCUUAUUGGAAGUGGUUUUGAGGUUUUUAAUGUUGUGGAAGGGCAGAUUCGCACGGUUGGUUAUUGGUCAGAAUUUUCCCGUCUCUCUACUUCCCCUCCUCCUCGAAACCCCCCCAAAAGCAACCAAACAACAAAGUCUGAGCUUGAUCAAAAGCUUGGAAAGGUUCGGUGGCCUGGUGGGGAGAGCACAAGACCGCGUGGUUGGCUUCUCGCCAAUAAAGAAAAACCGUAUAAAAUUGUAGUUCCAAGGAGAACCGGUUUCACAGAAUUCGUUAGAGUGAAUGCCAGCAAUGGAAUAGAGGGCUAUUGUGUAGACGUUUUUAAUGAAGCAACGAACCUACUUCCUUAUGACAUCCAUUUCAAAUUUGAGCCUUAUGGAAAUGGUGUUUCCAAUCCAACUUACAAUGACCUUGUUAAAAUGGUCGUGGACGAUAAAUACGAUGCAGCGGUUGGAGACAUCACUAUUGUGACUAACCGGACAAGGAUUGUGGAUUUUACUCAACCUUUUGUGGAUAGUGGCCUUGUCAUUGUAGCCCCGAUUGAUAAUUCGAAAUCAAGUACUUGGGUAUUUCUAAAGCCGUUUACAGCAGAAAUGUGGAUUGUCACGGGAUUGUCUUUUCUGGUUAUAGCAGUGGUUAUUUGGAUACUAGAGCAUCGUGUUAAUGAUGAUUUUCGCGGUCCACCCAAGAGACAGCUAAAAACAAUGUUACUGUUCAGCUUCUCGACGCUGUUCAAGACAAAUUCAGAGAAUACGAUAAGCACCCUCGGGAGGAUGGUGAUGCUGGUGUGGCUAUUUCUGCUGCUCGUGGUAACCUCGAGCUACACAGCAAGCUUGACAUCAAUCUUAACAGUCCAGCAGCUCUCGUCGUCCAUCACAGGAAUGGACAGUUUGACAGCAAGCAAUUCGCCCAUUGGAUAUCAGGUUGGAUCGUUUGUGUAUGCAUAUAUGAGAGACAACUUCAACAUUCCUCCUUCAAGGCUCGUGCAACUGCGCUCUCCGGAAGAGUAUGAAUCUGCUCUCCGGCUAGGGCCAGGGAAACGAGGAGGCGUUGCUGCUAUUAUAGACGAGCUUCCAUACAUCGAGCUGUUUCUGGCUAACCGGACUGAUUUUGGCAUCAUUGGACAGCCAUUCGCGAAGAAAGGAUGGGGCUUUGUUUUCCAGAAGGAUUCUCCUAUAGCAGUUGACUUAUCAACCUCAAUCCUUAAACUCUCCGAGAGCAAGAAGCUUUAUGAGAUCUACAAGAAAUGGUUCUGCAGGCCUGACUGUCCAUCAGAGAGGGCAAGAACACCAGAGCCCGACGAGCUCCAACUAAGCAGCUUCUGGGGACUCUAUCUUCUAUGCGGCGCCAUUACCGUCAUUGCCCUGUUGAUCUUCUUGCUCAAAACAGUUCGCCAGUAUAUCCGGUAUAAAAGGACGCAGAUGGACCCUUCUUCUCCAUCAGACAUGGGCUUCUCUAAGGUAGUCUACAAUUUCUUUGACUUCAUUGAUGAGAAGGAAGAAGCCAUCAAAAACUUCUUUUCCCAGCAAGAUAGUUCUUAGUUGUCCCAACUUAGCAGAUAACAAUGUAGUAUAUAUGACGUUGUUGCUUCAGAAUUAUCAGUUUCAGUGUGUACAUACACAAGUAGUUAUAUGUUGCCCGCACGGGUAAGUCAAUCGGUUCCUUGUGACACAAUGACAAAGAAGCAGAAUCAAGCCCUAGCAGUUUCACUGGUGACUGGUCCUCCCACUAAAUGGGUCAUUAAGUAACCGUGAUUUACCCGAUUCUUAGAUUAAGGGAUUUCACUUUUUGUGGGCAAGUUUGUCUGCAUGGAAUUCAAAUAUAGUAUCAUGUACAUAUAGUGAUAUAGGUUGCUCCCAUCUUUUAAAAUGCAGAAUAUUCACCAUAUAUAGAAUUUUUGAGUUGAUUUA